ACUAAGUGCUUUAAUAUCUUGGUUUGGGGUGGCUUAGGAUACGGGGCGCUCAUUGAAAAUGGAGGGAAUUAAACGCAAACCCCAUAACAGUACUAAAAUGCAAUAGCACACCUGCUAGGAAAACGCACAAUGAGCAUGCAAAAGCAGCACUGUGCGCAUCCGGUGACCAGCGCAGAGUGGGAUUCAGAUUGAGAGUCGGACUGACAGGAAGUCCAGAGGCUGAGGCGCCGACAGUCGCGUUUGGACGAAGGCUCGUUAGGAUUUAAUAAAGUAAAAGUUAAGUCUGCUGGGUUGACCCUUCUUCUGUGAGAUGGAGCAGUGAAGGGAAAACUACAAUGCUACGGCAGAUUGCAGCCAAACCCCGGAGACCAGCCGUGCGGGGAGCUGGUUACCUGUUUCAUGCUCAGUCUUCCUCAUGCCUUUCUGUGACAGAGGAAGUGUUUUUAGAAGCCGCAGAAUAUGGCAACACUCCUGAAGUGAGGCGGAUGUUAGAAGAGGUGCCAGAGCUCAACGUCAACUGUGUGAAUUACAUGGGCCAGAAUGCACUGCAGCUGGCAGUGGCCAAUGAGCAUUUAGAGGUUGCUAAGCUUCUACUCAAGAUGAAAGACCUGGCCAGAAUAGGAGACGCUUUGCUGCUGGCCAUCAGCAAAGGUUACGUCCGCAUAGUCGAAGCCAUACUGAGCCACGAGGCCUUCGAAGACGGUCAGAGGCUGACUUAUAGCCCCAGUCGGAUGGAGACUCAUGAUGACUUUUUUUCCUACGACGAGGAUGGCACACGUUUCUCUCACGACAUCACGCCCAUCAUCCUGGCUUCCCAGUGCCAUGAGUAUGAAAUAGUGCACAUACUCCUGCUGAAGGGCGCUCGUAUAGAGCAGCCUCAUGACUACUUCUGUCAGUGCCGGCUCUGCACUGAGCAGCAGAGGCAUGAUUCUUUUAGCCAUUCACAGUCUCGCAUCAACGCAUACAAAGGUCUUGCGAGUCCAGCAUAUCUUUGCCUCGCCAGUGAAGACCCCGUGAUGGCAGCUCUGGAGCUUAGCAAUGAGCUUGCGGUUCUGGCAAACACAGAGAAGGAGUUUAAGAAUGAUUACAAGAAGCUGUCCAUGCAGUGUAAAGACUUAGUGGUGGGGCUCCUGGACUUGUGUCGAAACACUGAGGAAGUUGAGGCCAUUUUAAAUGGAGACACUGAAUCAGGCCACAGCUCUGAAACCUUCAGCAGACAAAACCUUAUCAGGUUAAAACUCGCAAUAAAAUAUGAAGUUAAAAAGUUUGUGGCACAUCCAAACUGUCAAAAGCAGCUCCUCUCCAUCUGGUAUGAGAACUUAUCUGGACUACGUCAGCAAAGGACGGUAGUUAAAAUUCUUCUUGUCCUUGGUGUAGCUGUUGGGCUGCCGAUCUUGUCCUUUAUUUACUGGAUAGCACCGUCGAGUAAGUUAGGGAAACUCAUGUGCGGACCCUUCCUGAAGUUUGUAGUCCACGCAGCCUCUUUUGUGAUAUUUCUUUGUCUGCUGAUCCUGAACGCUGCAGACCGCUUUGAGGGAACGUCGCUGCUGCCUAACAUGACCGCCCAUGAUUAUCCAUCACAGCUUUUUCGCAUGAAGACCACACCCUUCACCUGGAUGGAGAUUCUCAUCAUGUCUUGGGUCAUAGGGAAGAUCUGGGAGGAAUGUAAAGAUAUCUGGAAGCAAGACAUUCGAGAAUACAUCUCAGAACCCUGGAACCUUCUUGACUUCAGCAUUUUGGCCAUUUUUAUGACCUCUUUCAUUGCCAGACUGAUGGCUUUCUGGCACGCUUAUUCUGCCCAGUGUUAUGUUGACAAGCACUACACGAACCUGUCCAACACGACACUGCCUUAUGAGAUUCAGUAUUUCCAGCUGGCUCGAAUUCACUGGAUGCCCUCAGACCCGCAGCUCAUUUCUGAAGGCCUCUACGCAAUCGCAGUUGUGCUGAGUUUUUCUCGCAUUGCGUACAUCCUGCCUGCCAAUGAGAGCUUCGGGCCUUUGCAGAUCUCUCUGGGACGAACCGUAAAAGACAUCUUUAAAUUCAUGGUGAUCUUCAUAACGGUCUUCGUGGCUUUCAUGGUGGGAAUGUUCAUACUGUACUCGCACUACCUUGGAGCCAAGCACAAUGACGCUUUCACGACACUUGAAGAGAGCUUUAAAACAUUGUUUUGGGCCAUCUUCGGACUGUCAGAAGUAAAAUCUGUGGUCAUUGACAUCAACCAUAAGUUCAUUGAGAACAUAGGCUAUGUUCUUUAUGGGGUGUACAACAUCAUCAUGGUGAUUGUCUUGCUGAAUAUGCUCAUUGCCAUGUUUAACAGCUCCUUCCAGGAAAUUCAGGAUGAUGCAGAUGCUGAAUGGAAAUUUGCCAGAGCGAAACUCUGGUUCUCGUACUUUGAGCACGGUGGCACGCUGCCCGUGCCGUUCAACUUAGUACCUAGCCCCAAGUCUGCACUUUCCUUCUUGCUGGGGAUAAGGGAGUUUUUCUGGGAUGUACCUCAAGGCAAAAGUAAAGAAAAUCCAAAUCCAAACAAUGUGAUGGAGCUUAACAAUCUGAGGCAACAGGAAGAUCUGAGUGGAGAAGCAUCCCAGUGUGCAAGCCGUCACCAAAACAUAAUGAAUUGCCUCAUCAAAAGAUACAUCUUGAAAGCACAGAGAGAUAAAGAUAACGAUGAAGUGAACGAAGGAGAACUGAAGGAGAUCAAACAGGACAUCUCCAGUCUUCGCUAUGAGCUGCUGGAAAGGGACGACCAUGAUAUGAAGACGCUGGCAGAGCUCAUCAGGCAGCUGGGAGAAGUCGUGACUGUUCAACAAAAAGAAGAGGAGAAGCACGAGCUGGAUAUACUUUCUUUAAAAAUGUAAAUCUUUGGAGACAUUUUCAGUUUGGACUCGAAAGUAUUUUCUGGGGUCAAAGGUAGCACACAUCGUGAGGCUUAAAUGAUAAAACCCGUCCUUGAUUUUAUUUUCCUUUUGCCUGAGAACUGGUGAAAUUGGUUUUGUUCCUGUGUCUGUAAAGUUGGCCACAUGGUGGCACCCCUGUAAUUUUUUCUCUUUGCUCAUGCACACUAAUAUGCAUUACAGACUUCUAACUUACUGCAUGAUGCCGCUGUCAGUUACCAGCAGGAUAAGUUCCGAUUUAGAUGCGAUUGAUUUGCAGUAAAAUGUUUGAAUAUGUCCGUGGCGGUUAUGUAAGUGGGGCAUAACAUAAAUUAAAGCUUUUGGAUAAAAUCCAUCCUCAGA